AUGAAGGCAAUCAAGGGCGUACUUUUCACAUGUGACUCUGCGGUGAAGCAGAUCUUACUGACCAUGAACGAGAGAGAGAGCUUCAUCAUCGAGGACUUGGACGAUCACCAUGUGGUAAUAAAGGCGGACGAGGAGUGGAGAGUGAGACGGGAACUCGAGGCUGAGUUGGAGAAAAACACAUACAGCCUGGAGUGA